UUGUGGCGCGAUGUGUAACGAUGUCUGUGUGCAAAGGGUCCCUGGUUCGAGCCCAGGUAAGGGAAAAGAGGAGAGGGCUGGAGGCUAUACUGUUACACAAGGAAGAAGAAAUAUAAAACCACUAGAUCUUUACAGAAUUGAGACCAGGAAUAAAACAAAUGCGUGUUAAACUACACGGCCAAAGAGUAAAACCGAGGGACUCUCAUGACCGAAAAAUGAGGUUUUCGUGCGGUUUUAUGGGUCCUGUGUUGUCGUGCGGUGGUUGAUGCAGUGAAGGUGAAGAGAAAUAUGAAAAUACAAAAGAAGGACAAACAGAUGUCCACCACCCCCUUACAAAAGUACACUCCAGCUACAACCGCCUCUAAUGCAACUGCCCAAAAUGCACAAACUCCAUUUCCCAGGGGUACCUUGGGCUCUAAGGACCAGAUCAGGGACCUUGGUGGUGGUCAGACCAAUCACUGCAUGGCCAACUCCAAGCACCCCAGGAUGGGCGAGGCGAGCACUAGCUCGGUCAGCCCCUGCGCCCCCUCGUCACCCCUCAACAGAGAGGAGGACGAUGGAGGGGGCGGGCGGUGGGCGAAGAAGAAGAAGAAACAAAAGAAAAAAGACAAGUGGGGCGAGCCUGGCAGUGCCUGGCAGCACAAGGGCUUGGAGAGAGACUUGAAACCAAAUAAAAAGAGGGAGCAGAAAGAAGGGAAGGAGCUGCUGCGCAAUUUCAAGGAGCCCAGGAAGGUGAAGGCACCAAAAGAGGUGAAGAGAGGAAGAAAACCCAAGGUGCAGGCCCUGCCCCAACCUCCUUCAGAAUGCAAGAGCGCCCCCUCUCCUCCCAGACAGAGGGGCCGCAAACCCAGAGAGCAAGUCUUCCAAGGGCCGGUCCCAGCGGAGAAGAAGAAAAAGGGCAAGCGGAAAAGCGAGGCAGUUGUCCAGGAGGCUGGGGAGAGAGAUAAUGUGGCCUUCCUGUCCGCGCUGGCCAUCAGGGGAGAGGAGAGCAUCGAUCCCCUCGACAACACGAAGCGUCGCUCGGGGCGACAGGUGAAGCGCAGGAAGUACAAUGAGGACCUGGACUUCAAGGUGGUGGAUGACGACGGGGAGACUAUUGCCGUGCUGGGGACGGGCCGUAUCCCUGCCCUCAACGCUGCCACUCUCACUUGGCAGGCUGAGGAGCCCCCUGAAGAUGAGGCAAACAUUAUUGAGAAAAUCCUGUCGGUUCGAACUGUGAAGAAAGAGGCGUCCCCUGAGGAUACAACUGAGGAGUCGGAGGAGUUCUAUGUCAAGUACAGAAAUUUCUCCUACCUGCAUUGUAAAUGGGCAACAUUGGAGGAGUUGGAGAAGGACCCUCGCAUCCAGCAAAAAAUUAAGCGCUUCAGGACUAAGCAUGCCCAAAUGAAGCACAUAUUUGUUGAGCCGAAUGAAGACCUCUUUAACCCUGACUACAUAGAAGUGGAUAGAGUUUUGGAGGUGGCCAUCACUACAGACACAGAGACAGGAGAGGAGGUGACACACUACCUGGUGAAGUGGUGCUCCCUGUCCUAUGAGGAGGCUACAUGGGAGCUUCAGGAAGAUGUGGACCCGGUGAAGAUUCGGGAGUUUGAGGAGAUCAAGAGAAUCCCUGAAUUCAAAUUUGUGGAAAGACCUCAGCCAGACAAGUGGCAGAAGCUGGACAAAUCCAAAGACUAUCGAAACGGGAACCAGCUGAGAGAGUACCAGCUGGAGGGAAUGAACUGGCUGCUCUUCAACUGGUACAACAGGAAGAACUGCAUCCUGGCUGACGAGAUGGGCCUUGGGAAGACCAUCCAGUCCAUCACCUUCCUCUUUGAGAUGUUCUCCAUGGGCCUGCGGGGACCCUUCCUCAUCAUCGCCCCCCUUUCCACCAUCACCAACUGGGAGAGGGAGUUCCGCACCUGGACUGAGAUCAACGUCAUUGUCUACCACGGCAGCCAGAUCAGCCGCCAGAUGAUCCACCAGUAUGAGAUGUACCACAAGGACCAGCAGGGAAAUGUAGUGUUGGGCGGGUACAAGUUCCACGGAGUGAUCACCACCUUUGAGAUGAUCAUGGCCGACUGUCCGGAGCUGAAGAAGAUCCACUGGCGCUGCGUGGUCAUCGAUGAGGCUCACCGCCUCAAGAACCGCAACUGUAAACUCCUGGAGGGCCUCAAGCUCAUGAACCUGGAACACAAGGUCCUCCUGACAGGCACCCCCCUACAGAACUCAGUGGAGGAGCUCUUUAGUCUGCUCAACUUCCUGGAGCCCCUACAGUUCCCCUCAGAGAGCCUCUUCUUGGAGGAGUUUGGAGAUCUGAAGACUGAGGAACAGGUGAAGAAGCUUCAGGCCAUCCUAAAGCCCAUGAUGCUGCGGCGGCUGAAGGAUGACGUGGAGAAGAACCUGGCGCCCAAGGAGGAGACCAUCAUCGAGGUGGAGCUCACCAACAUGCAGAAGAAGUACUACCGGGCCAUCCUGGAAAAGAACUUCACCUUCCUGGCCAAGGGGGCCAACCAGCACAACAUGCCCAACCUCAUCAACACCAUGAUGGAGCUGCGCAAGUGCUGCAACCACCCCUACCUGAUCAAAGGUGCGGAGGAGAAGAUCCUGGAUAGCUUCAGGAAAACGCACAGCCCUGAUGCUUGGGACUUCCAGCUCCAGGCCAUGAUUCAGGCAGCGGGGAAGCUGGUGCUUAUUGAUAAGCUGCUGCCAAAGCUGAUUGCUGGCGGCCACAAGGUGCUGGUCUUCUCCCAGAUGGUGCGCUGCCUGGACAUCCUGGAGGACUACCUCAUCCAGAGGAGGUACACCUAUGAGCGCAUCGACGGCAGAGUGCGGGGUAACCUGCGCCAGGCAGCGAUCGACAGAUUCUGUAAGGUGGACUCGGACCGCUUUGUGUUCCUGCUGUGUACCCGUGCUGGAGGCCUGGGCAUCAACCUGACCGCUGCAGACACCUGCAUCAUCUUCGACUCGGACUGGAACCCCCAGAACGACCUACAGGCCCAAGCUCGCUGCCACCGCAUCGGCCAGAGUAAAGCAGUGAAAGUGUACAGGCUGAUCACCAGAAACUCCUAUGAGAGGGAGAUGUUUGAUAAAGCCAGUCUGAAGCUGGGUCUAGACAAGGCUGUGCUGCAGGACAUUAAUCGAAAGGGCAGCCUCAAUGGGGCGCAGCAGAUGACCAAGAUUGAGGUGGAGGACCUGCUGAGGAAGGGGGCGUAUGGCGCACUGAUGGAUGAGGAGGACGAGGGCUCCAAGUUUUGUGAGGAGGACAUCGACCAGAUCUUGCAGCGCCGCACCCAAACUAUCACCAUCGAGACAGAGGGCAAGGGCUCCACCUUCGCCAAGGCCAGCUUUGUGUCUUCUGGAAACAGAACUGACAUUUCCCUGGACGAUCCCAACUUCUGGCAGAAAUGGGCCAAAAUAACCGAGCUGGAGAUUGACUCCAAAGCAGAGAAGGAGAGCCUGGUGAUUGAUACACCUCGUGUGAGGAAGCAGACUCGUCACUACAACUCGUUCGAAGACGACGAGCUGAUGGAGUUCUCUGAGCUGGACAGCGACUCAGAAGAGAGGCCCUGUCGCACCCGCCGCUUCAGCGAGAGGAACAGACGCUACCUCCGCGCCGAAUGCUUCCGCGUCGAGAAGAACCUGCUCAUAUUCGGCUGGGGUCGCUGGAAGGACAUCCUAACCCACGGGCGCUUCAAGUGGCAACUGGCUGAGCAUGACAUGGAGGUGCUUUGCCGGGCACUGCUGGUCUACUGUGUGCGUCACUACAUGGGCGAUGACAAGAUCAAGAGCUUUAUCUGGGACCUCAUCACACCUGCUAAGGAUGGCCAUAAACAAGACCUGCAGAACCAUUCUGGCCUGUCCGCCCCAGUGCCCAGGGGACGCAAGGGUAAGAAGCUAAAGAACCAGCUGAGCGUGCCCGAGAUGAAGCAUGCAGACUGGCUUGUCAACUGCAACCCAGAGGUAGUGCUACAGGACGACAGCUACAAGAAACACCUCAAGCAGCACUGCAACAAGGUACUUCUGAGGGUGAGGAUGCUGUACUACCUCAAGGCGGAGGUCCUGGGAGAAACUGCUGCUCAGUCCCUGGAGGGCAUCCAUGCCAGUAAACUGGAGGUGGCACUCCCUGAUAUUGACUACAUCGAGAUCCCAGCAGGCUGGUGGGAUGCAGAGGCGGAUAAGUCUCUCCUCUUAGGAGUGCACAAACACGGGUAUGAGCGAUACAAUGCCAUGCGGGCCGACUCAGAGCUAUGCUUCUUGGAGCGGGUGGGCAUGCCUGACGUCACGGCGCUCUCAGCCGAGCAGAGUGGAGGAGAGGUGGUGGCUGACCUCACUGACAGUGCUUGCAAAAGUGAUGAUGUGAAAGAUGAUCCUGAAUGCAAUCAGGAGGAGGGAGGAGUGGAAAAGGUUGAUAAUAAGGAUGAAACCAGCUCCAGUAAUGAUGCAAUGGACAAGCAUGACAGUGUUGGUCAAGACACACUCUCAGUGGAGAUGGUCCAGGAGACCUUUGGCCAGGAGGGCACGGAGCUAAAGGGUCGCCCUCUGUGGCCGGCCGGCCCUGCCCUUACGGCCAGGCUACGUCGCCUCAUCACGGCCUACCAGCGCUUCAUGCGGCGCGAGCCGCUGCGCCACGACUUCCUGCUACCUGAAGGGCUGGGGGCAGGCCUGGGGACGAUGUCCUGGCAGCUGGGGGAGGAGAUUAGGCGUUGCACGGUGGCCGCCGCCGAACCUGACCCUCUCUUCCUGGAGUGGCAGAGAAGGUGGGUGAUGAUGUCUGAGCAAAGGUGGACACGGCGUGAGCAAGCAGAUUUCUACCGCACCGUGUCGUCGUUCGGUGUGGUGUACGACCCGGAGAAGAAAGCAUUUGACUGGAGUCCUUUCCGCUCCUUUGCCCGGUUGGAGAGGAAGACCGACGAGAGCCUGGAGAGAUACUUCAGUAGCUUUGUGUCCAUGUGCCGCACCGCCUGCAGAUUGCCCCCCAGGAAGGACGAAGGGCCUCUGGACCACAACCUGUUUGUGGAGCCCAUCACAGAGGAGCGAGCAGCACGUACCCUCUACCGCAUCGAGCUGCUGCGCAAGGUCAGGGAGCAGGUGCUGCGCCAUCCACUGCUGGGCCCGCGGCUGCAGCUGUGUCGGCCCAGCCUCUACCUGCCUGUGUGGUGGGAGUGUGGCAAGCACGACCGCGACCUCCUGAUUGGAGCGGCCCGCCACGGCCUCAGCCGCACUGACUACUACAUCCUUAACGACCCGCAGCUAUCUUUCCUGGAGGCCCACCGCAACUACGUCCAGAAGGAGAAUCACCAGGGCUACCAACCCAGUGUGCACCACGCAGGCAUGGCCCCCUCACCGCACCACCACCCCUGCUGCAUCUGUGAGACAGGCCUCGGCCAAUGCCACUCUCCCCAGCCGCCGGAGUACGGUCACCAAGCCAUCCCCUCCUCUUCGAUCCACUUCCAUUCUCACCCGAACGUCCACGGUCACCCGCCAGAGAUAGUGGGCACGGGCCCCGGUGGCAGCCUAGGUAUGGUGUCUGGGCCAAGGGAGGGCUUCCUGGUUUGCCCCCCUCUGGAUGAGUCAUUGGAACUGGCAUCACUGCAGCAUGAGGGCCUGGCCUCAGAUUCCCUCCAUGGUAAGUCUACCAAGGAGGCCUUCAAUGGGUUCCCCUUCAACUCAGCGCAGGGCGGCCAGAGCAUGCUCAACUCGUAUGGUGUGCAGGGGGAGCUGACCAGCGAGCAGUCGGCCGACAUGGACCCGAUCAUCUCAGGCAAGCUGCGCAGCGACGUGCUGGUGGGCUCCUCGGAAGAGAAUGGCCUUAUGGCCCCCUUGCUGGAGCUGGAACAGGAGCUGCAGGUGCCCUGGGAGAGCACUGACCACACAGGCACAGCAGAUGUCGUGGGCAUGUUCAACGAGGCCGACCCCAUCCUGGGGGCACCAGACCUUGAUACAGAGUUCCUGGACACAGAGGAGCAGCCAGGAGACGGGGGAAGGGAGGACGGAGCAGGGGGAGUGCUUGACGACUGCCUAGGUAUACCCUCAUCCCGGAGCGACCCAGGGGAGCCGCUGCCCUCCAGUUUCAUGCUGUUCAAGAACAUUGACGUGAGCGAGGAGGAGCCUGCUGCAGAGCACACAAACCUCUCCGCCAGCCCCCUUCCUUCCUACACCACCCCUCCGCACCUGUCGCUGUCCCAUAUGACCUUGCACCCCCACCACCACAACCAGGGUGAUGUCGAGCAGCCAGAGGAGAAGUUGAGUGACUCUGACACUGUCGCCCACGUGCCCAGCCCCGACAAGAGGGAGGCAGAGAGGGAUGUGUCCUUUGAGUUUGACAAAGAGGAGAUGUCUGUGGACAGUCCUAGUCUGGUGGGGCUGGAGCAGGGCCUGGAGACCUCAUGUAUACCAUGCGAGGACACUCUCCAAGAGGAGCCCUGCUAUGGGAUGGGAAUGGGCUCUCCAGUGGAGUCAUGUCAGGUGGCUCUAGAGAGGCCCUUAGGGCUAGUGGAGGAGGGGCUUCUAGAGGGACAGGCUGAAGAACCCUUGGAGAUAUCGCCCAUGGAUUCCCAGGAGAAGGACCCAGUGGAUGGUCCUCUGGAAGACUUCGGUAAAGACAAAGCACCAGAAGGACCAUUCACAGGGCCGUUGGAGCAGUACGACGUAGAUCAAGAAGCGGCCUUCGAGGGGCCGGCCGAAGCAGAGAGCACUUUAAGCGAACACACACUCCCCACUGUUGAUGCUACAUAUACUCUGCCCCCAUCCUCCUCAGUCCCCAGGCCCCAGCCUGAGCCACCACUGUCCCCACGUGUGGCUGGAGUGUCACAGAUCAAACUUGAGUUCCCUCUGGACCCAGAGAGCUCUGAGAGCAAGUCAGACAUACUGGAGCCUGACAGGACUGUCCUCACGCCCAAACUGGAGCAGACAGAGGUGCUGCUGGAGGUAAAGGACAAGAUCAAGGAGGAGAGGCCCCAAACUCCAGUCUCUGUAGUGGACAGCUAUGUGGAGGUGGCACAGUUUGCCGUCCCCAUGUCCAUGUGUGAGAUGCCUGACAGUCUGCAGGACGCGCGGGAGCCCACCAUCGCCCAGCUGCUGCAGGAAAAAGCCCUCUACUCCUUCUCCGAGUGGCCAAAGGAUCGGGUGAUCAUCAACCGCCUGGACAGCAUCUGUCACGCCAUCUUGAAGGGGAAGUGGCCCUCCUCCAGCCAGCAGUAUGACUCCCCUAGCUCUCUGGCAAACACCUGUGUGCCUAACAUUGUGCACCAGAGGGCUGGCUUCAUUUCAGCCAGGGUACAACCAUCCCAGAGCCUUAACCUCAACAUCCCAGCCCCUCCUGUAACCCGCCUUCCCAAGUACAAGUCAAGAGAUGCCGGAGAAUGCAGCCAGGGAGGCUGGAGGUUGACAUCCUUGCCUCUCUUGCAGGAGAGGCUGGUGGCGCCGCCCUAUUUGCCUGAACUAAAGCGGGGUAGGCGUGCGUUUGAAUACAAGGCAGAGGUGCUCAGUAAGCAGUGCCACACAGGGGAGAAUAUACCUGUAACCGUGUCGAACAGUGGUGGGGCGCUGCUGCUCAACGGCUGGCAGGAGGCGGCCAUGGACCUCUCCAAGGCCGGGGAUCUGGGCAUUGGGGGCGACGCGGCAGCCACUGUAGGCCACAUGAGUCACCAGGUCCACCCCGUUGCCCGAAAACUGCCCGCCAUGAGCGCCAUGCAGGGUUCAGUGGGGAAGGACAUGGCCGGGAUCCUGCAGGCAGGUCUCAUCCACCACGUCACCGGCCAAAUUGUCAAUGGCAACCUGAGGUGUGACGACGCAAUCAUGCGCCGGAGGAGAGGCAGACGGAGAAACGUGGAGGCGGUUGACAUCGGGUUUGUCAAGAGCAGAGGAAUGCAUGUGCAGGAAAAACAGGGCAGGGUAGAAGUCACCAGCCAUUCUGCAGUGUCGUCUACCUCCUCCCCACCUGAGCGCCCCCCGGGAACCUCCACCCCCACCCUGUCAGAGGUGGUGGCCAUCGACAGAGAGGCUGCCAACAAUGGCUUGAUGGAAUGGCUGCGACAGAAUCCCAACUGUAGCAUGGAGGUGCCCACUUUCGCACCGUCUCCUGGCUCAGCGAUUCUGCACAGCUUUGUGGAGCGGCCCAAGCAGAGGCGGCAUCGCUGUAAAGACCCCACCAAGUUGGAUGUCAACUCCCUAACAGGGGAGGAGAGGGUGCCAGUGGUCCACAGGAGCACUGGCCGCAGGCUUGGGGGUGCUAUGGCUCCAGCAAUCAAGGAGCUUUCACGAUGGCUGGAUGCAAAUACUGAGUACUGCGUGGCACCUGACUGGGCAGAUGUAGUGAAACACUCUGGUUUUCUUCCUGAGGGCAAGUUCACCCGCAUCCUCACUGAGCCCGUGUGCCGCGACCAGGGGCCCCGCCGCCGGGGCCGUCGUCCCCGCAGCGAGAUGCCCAAGCCCCUCCUCUCCGAGUCUCCCAUGGGCCCGCUCUGUAUGAACGGCGGCCUGAUCGGCAGCAUGGACCUGGUCAGCCUCCAGAACCUCCGCAAUGUCCAGGGCAUCCCACUCACAGGCUUGAUGGGAUUCCCCCAUGGCUUUGCUGUGUCCGCCGGUGAAGACUCAAAGAAUGGUCUGAGCAUGCUGCCUAUGAUGCUCCACGGCAUACAUGGCGCCCCCCACAUGUUCAGCGUUCAGGGGCUGAUGGGUUUGCCGCCCACCUGCUCCGCUUCCACCUCCUCCUCCACGGCUGCAGUUACCACCACUGCGGCCUCCUCCUCAGCGGCCAGUAGCCCCUCUCGAGGCCCCGGCCAGGCAUCUUCGAGCACAGGGGCCGAGGGCUCCGGCAUUCAGUCUGGCACAGAGAGAAAGAGGGAGGAAAAGCAGCAAGGCGCGAUGGGCAGCCACAGCAUUGCGGCCAUCACCACCACCACAGCGACCAGCAGUGGCAGCCACCAGGCCUUCAACCCUUUCCUCAUCCCGGGGAUGUCCCAUGGACUGCUGUACCCUCACAUGUUCCUCCCGCACGGGGGCGUCAUGGCGCUGCCAGGCAUGCCGCCUGCAGACUCCUCCAGCAGCCCAAAGACGAAGAAGAAAAGAACAAGGGAGGAAGGGGUGGUGGUGGUGGUGGUGGAGGCAGGCAGCCACAGCCACUUACAGACGGACAGUGGGCCUCCGAAAAAACACAGUGAUGGCCAGACUGGGGAGAGAACGGCUGACCAGGCUGGGCCAGAGGACAGGGAGCAGACGGAGGACAGCAUUCAGGAGGAGGGCACGGGACACGACUCCCAUGAUCCUCCAGAGGUAAACCCCAAGAAGAACGUUGAAGAGGAGAGAGGAACGAUGGAGAUUAGCUUGAUGGAGGAGGAAAAACUGCCUGAGGAGGAGAGCGUGUCAAGGGGGGCAGAGUAGACUUCACAAAAUACUUCUUCUCCCACCGCUUUCUUACUGUGCAACAGUUUUAAGUUUGUGGUGUGUAAGUACCUUCAUUUGUAUGUAAAUACUUUUAUUAUCCACUUAUUUUUUAUGGAUCUGCCCUGUAGCAAAUUUGUGAUUAUCUUAUAUAUGCCCACACGUGCUCCAUUCAAGAACUUCAUGAAAGAGAUGCAAACACACACUUGCGAAGGGAGGAAUUACUCAAUGUUGUUACAUGGUUAUAACAAUUCAAGCAUCCUUGACGGUCUGCUACAUCAUUUAGAAGCCUGGUAUGUCCUGGUUGCAAAAAGGUAAAGCCGGGAGCCUGUUUGACUGAAGAGGAUAAAGAUUGCGGGUUGUGUUCAUUAGGGCAUGCAAUGGAGAACAUUGUCAAACGGUUUCAAUGGAAAAUGAAAAUGUGUUUCUUAUCAAGUAGUCCCACCCUUUUUCAGUCCGUUUUUUUAUCCAUUUGGUGCCUAAUGAUCACAACCAAGAACGAUGUAGCCGUUUAGUGAUUACUGACCCCUCAGUUUCCUUGAUGGGUGUUAAUUAAGGAAUGUGAAUAUCCCAUUAAAGUUGUUUAAUGUCCCGAAAGCCUAAAACUAAUAGCAAUUUUAUUUGAAGGUCCUUUAAAAUGUGUUGAAUGUAGUACUUGUUAUAUCAAUUCAUGCAAGGUAACUUGCAGUCCCAAGUUUGAUUAGUAGCAUAACUGCUGCUAAGAAGUUCUGAAUAGGACAGCUUUUGUCGAUCCCUAUUUUGUUUGUCUUGUUACUGCUAUGUAAAACAUUUUUAAAGGGAAAAUAGACAAACAACACUGCGUAUAACAGAUUUAGAGAAACAAUGAUGCUAGUAUAACCAAUCGAGAGAACACAUAUUCAGUACGACAGCCACUAAAAAAAAAUGUAAAAAGGCAAAGACUAAUCCUGAGUUUUGAUAAUGCUUUAAAAUAUCUAAUCUCACAAAGUGACUUUGGGAUGUGAUCAUCUGUGUCAGUGUGGGAGCAGUGAAGAGGUACCAUAGACAGUCUGUCACAGAGGGCUCUGUUGAGAGCUCACAGAGGGCUCUGGGACAAGCACACAGAGGCUACUUCAUUAAGAGAAAGGGGUGGUGGGGGAUGUGCAAAAUAUAAAUAUAAUAUGUCCAUUCCCAUCCGCCUUUCCAGUGUUAGGGAAAAGUUAGUUGUUUGAUCACAAAUACUGUAUGUAAAGCAGUGGCAGAGUGCCUCGUUGUUUUAAAGGCUUCGUGGUCUCCUUUUCUUCCCUUAUAAGCAUUUAAAACUCCUGUAGACUAGGUCAUACUCAGAAUGUUAAAAAAUGUCAAUCUAUUUAGCUGUAUGUUGCUGUUCCUUUUGUUUACAUGCACAGCACAUUUUUAGUUUUCUCCAUUAUGUCCCUUGACGUUGGGGGGAAAUGACAAAAUCAGUACCAGUGUUUAUUGUAUUUAACAUAAUGUACUACACUAAAUGGAUGCAAAAGCUGAUUUUAUUCUCCAUUUUACAACAGGGUCUGUUUUUUGGGGUAUAUGUUUUAGACUUGGCUUCUAAGUGUAACAACUUGACUUCUCUUUUUGUUUGUGGAAAAAAAAAAUCAUAUUAGAAAAGUGUCCUUUUGGUGAAUGUUUACCUGUAUUCUGUCUAUUAAGCUUUUAUUUGUGUGUGUGUACAUGCAUGCGCACACUUGCACAACCUGUCCCAUGGGUGACGUUUUGUUCUAGAGCUGUAUUUCUAUCUCUCGCUCUAGCGUCAUCUUUCUUUGUUGGAAGACAUGUUAUUGUUGCCUUGUCACAACUUGUGACUAUACAAUUCAUUUGUUUUGCCAAACUUUCACCAAAUAUGACAUUUUUCUUUCAACUUAGUUGAUUAUAUUAAAAGUAAAAUGCCUUAUUUAGCUAGUGUUAUAUAUAGAUAUAUAUAUAUAUAUUUAUAUAUAUAUAGAUAUAUAUAUAUUUAUAUAGAUGUUUUGUUACAUCUCCAUAUUGGAAGUUAUAUAUCAAAAUAAUGUUGUUUAUUUUGUUUUAAAUGCCCCUUCAGUUGUAUGAGUACAUACUUUGGUAAUGUGUAAAACCAGCAUUUGGACAUUUGCUGGUAUCAGUCACUGCAGUGAUUGAAAGAUUUUCUUCAAAGUUAUCUUUAUGGUCCAAUUCACUUACUCUAUGAAGUGACUCAAACAAUCUUCCAAAGCACAAUGGAGAACAAUGAAUUAUUCCUGUUUUCUCAUCAGUGCCUCUGAGAUUUGGUUUGAUUUACAUAAUUUAUUACAUCUAGGCUGAAGUACUAGUGCAGAAACAUCCCUGAACCUAUUCCAAUCAUAUCUAAUGUAAUCAAUGUGAAGGGUGCCAUGCAAUUCCUGAUUGGUCAUGUCUGAGGGUCCCCUUGUUUCACUCAAACGACAAGCUUUUCACAUGCUUAUAUUCACUUAACAGGCUUUCAGUUUUCGUACACACAUCAAUGGUGCAUGGUAUGUAUACAACUGAAGUGGAUGUGAUGUUAAAACCAAUGCUCAUCCAAUUGUAGACCUAUUCUGCAUGUUGGAUCCAAUAUUCCACUACCAUUGGCUGAGUAAUAUAAAGUGGAUUAUUAGAACUCAAGACACCAGCCCACACCAAUUUUCUAUUACUUUGCUUGUAUGUGAAAACUUGAAAAACAACUAAUUGGUGCAGUAUGUGACUACAGUUGAAGGUCAAUUAAUAUUUAUUCAGUCUUCAUUUCAUGAAAUAAUUUUACUGUGUUUUCUUUUCAUUUAGUCUUUGGUAAAUUUAUGGAACGGUCAGAUUGAUUUCAAGUCAUGUAUCUCAUAUGUAUUUAUUGUACAAGUCUUGUCUAAGCAUUUUCAUGUUUAUGCCUGGUGUGUAACGUUAAAGGGGUCAGAGGGACGACAGUCACGCUUCUAAGGCUUGCUUGCCCUUUUCACAUUUUAGAAUGUUUGUUGUAUUUUUUUUUGCCAUCACCUGUGGCAUACAUAAAUGUUAUAACUUUUCCUGAAAAGGUAUAACGCACUUAACAUGUGCCAUAGAUUGUGGGUCAUUGGGAUGGGGUCAAUUGUUUCUUUGAACUUUGGACUGAAUUGUACUAUAACCUAUUUCUGCAGUCAGGUCAGACACUAGGCGCCAGGCCCUAUUCAUCAAUUCUGUUAUGUAUUUGCAUGUCAGAGGAAAGAUACAGGCUCUGGCUUUCCAAUGCCAUGCUAUGUGUGUUGUGAUUGCAUGCCUGGACAUGCUGGUUAUAUAGGCCCUGAAAAUGACCACAAUCCAAGUUGCAGAGAUGGCAGACCACUCUGCGUGUGUCUGCAUGCAUGCUUCAAGUUUCUGUUCAACAGCUCCUUGCAUAAGGACCACUGACAGAUUAGGACCUUCGUUUUCAGCCCAUACAGUCAAAGCCAGUGUUCACUAAAUGGGUUUACUGUAAAGCUACAUUGAACAAAGUGCACCGUGGGUGGGAACAUCAUGCUUCAAAAGAAAAGUACUGGCUGAUGUAAGCUACAUUAACAGAGUUGUGGAUAAAAAAUAAUUGUUGAACUAGCUCCAAUAUUCCCUUGUGGACCAAUCACAUAACUCAGAACAUGGUAUGUGAUCUUUUAUUGUACAAUAAAAGAUUACUUUCAACUUUCA